AUGCUACUAUUACGUUAUCCUAAGCUUAAACUUCCGAUUUUUGAUGGGAAUAUUAAAAGCUGGUUAGGAUUUUGGGGCCAGUUUAAAAAGAUCGAUAAUGAUCCCAAUUUAGAUGAUCAUGAUAAAUUUGCAUAUUUAUUGCAGUCUAUGGAAAAAGGGUCAUCUGCUGAAGAGUUAAUCAAAAGCUUUCCGCCCGGUGGCGAAAGUUAUAGUAAAGCUUUAGAACAACUGCAAUCGCGUUUUGGGAAAGAAGACCUUCUUAUAGAAGUCUAUGUUAGAGAUCUACUUUCGUUAGUAUUAUUAAAAAACUCUCAGCAGAAAUUUUCAUUACGAAAACUCUAUGAUAACUUAGAAUCGAAACUAAGAGCGUUAGAAGUUCUGGGUGUUGCUAGAGAUAAAUAUGCGGCGAUGUUAUAUCCUCUAGUCGAAUCGUCAUUGCCGGAUGAUACAUUAAGAGCAUGGCAAAGAUUCCGAGUUAUUAAUCGCAGUCAGAGAGAAUCUGAAAGUAGUGAGCAAAAAGAGAAAAAUGCGUCAACACAUCGCAUGGAUUUAGAUGGUUUGCUUUCAUUUUUGCUCGAUGAAAUUGAAGGUAAAGAGAGAGAGUAUCUAUAG